GUGUCGCAGUCGCGCCGCGCGAGAGAGAGAAAGAGGAGAGCAGUGCCCUGCAGCAGCAGCAGCAGCAGCAGCAGUCAGUCUCCGUAGGGCAGCUGCGCUGACAACUAGUCUCCCCCCGCAGCGCGCACGAGUAUACGCACACAUCCCGCGAGAGUAAGAGAGACAGGGGAGUGAUAGCGAGUUAUAGUAGGUCGUGACUGGUAUCCUAUAUUUACAGUGCGCGCGUGAACACAUAAGACAGCUCGUGAACAUACACGCGUUUCGCGAGUCAGUGUCGAUGGGCCGUGCACAGGAAGCAGCAGCCUGACCCAAUUAGAGGAGGAGAGCGGGGCGGCGAGAUAGAGCGGUCUCGCGCGCGCGCGCGCGCGUAGCGGAUGAUCGAUCCUGGACGUCGCUCGCUGCUCCUGAACUGCAGUGCGCGAGGAUGCGCGCGCGCCGGGCAGCAUCGCCAGCAGGCCUCGAGUUCCGCGCAGCAGCUCGCCGCUGCCGCUGGGCCCGGUGAGGCCCGAACUCGGCCAUAACUCUCGCUCGUCGAUCAAAGUCGCGUAUACCUAUAUACACAACACUCCAACGAGUCGCAGACGUCGAUAAGCUCGUCGUCUGUGAACAACCGCUGUCAAGAUAAGUCGCAAACGGAGGAAGGAGGAGCGCUGCGGAGGAUCGGGCUCGGGCUCCUCGAGCCUCGAGGCCCGAACCGGCGGCGGCGGCGGCGGCGGCGGUGGCGGCGGUGGUGGUGGCAGCAGUUCCAGGAACAAGGAGGUCUCCGGCUUCGGGGACUACUCGGCCGCGGGCGAGUUCGAGAUCUGGGGCGAGGAGCAGCAGUACCGCCUCGCUAACGGUCUAGAGCCGGCCCAGCAGCAGUCGCAGCAGGGACAGGAGCAGCAGACACCGCCGCCGUCGUCGCAGCAACGCGAGGGUCUCAGGCCGCUGCUCCACGUAGCCCACUGCGAGUUACACUCGCCCCGCGACGCCGAGCUGCUCAGGCUCGAUCAGCUCGACAACUACGCCGAGCAGCAGCAGCAGAAGGAGGCAGCCGACAGGGACAACUACGCGAUGAUGGACAACUUUCACAACCCCGUGCCGCCGCCGCUGCCCAGGAGGCACGUCAGUCACUCCCUGGUACCCGGACACCUGAUGGUGCAGUCGCCCUACAUGCUACCACCGCAACAGCAGCAGCAGCAGAUGACGGUGGGCACGCUGGGCCCGGGUAUGGGCGUCGGCGUGGGUGUAGCGGGCAACGGCGGAGCCGGAGGAGGCCAAGCAGUGGUCAACCAGGGCCAGCCGCUCGUCAUGCCGGGCUUCCCGAUGAGAGCAGCAGCCGUGCCGCAUUACUCGCCCUACUCGCCCUCGCGCUUCCACAUCGACAAGCGCUGCCAGCACAGGUGCUCCUGGAAGUGCUUCAGCAUCGCGAUGAUCCUCGUCACCGUCGCCCUCAUCGCUAUGCUCGCCUACUUUGCCGCGGUUAAUUCCAUGAAGCCCAUUGACAACUCCAAUUGCAUUUUGGCGCAAGACGUCAAGGCUGUCACUCACGAGAAUGCAAAUGUCCACGACUCGAUAUCCACGCAAAUUCCUACCGAAGAGAGUUUACCGACGAGCUCGGCCGAGCACUCGAGCGCGGCGGACUCGGCGGACCAGCAGCAGCACCAGCAGCACCAGAGCGACCCGCAGAUCCAGCAGUCGGCCCAACAAUGGCCGGCGGUCCUCGAGCUCCAGUCGUACAACGUCGCUCACUCGGCCGUCAUCCCGCCUUAUCACUUCUGGAACACCGAGUUUCGCAACAAGCAGCCCGCCUUCAUUCGGCUGAACCUCACCCUGCCCUGGGGCGCGAAUUUCGCCGUCUACGGCAGGCGUAACGUCGCGCCCAGCGUCACCCAGUACGACUUUGUCGAGUUCGUCAAAGGCGGCCGGGUCGAUCACAGGCUGAAGCGGGACCUGCUGGUCGGCGCCGCGGCCGUGAGCUUCACCGAGGACGGCAAGGCUGGACUGGCGGCUCUGCCGCCGGAGCCGCAGAUACUGCCCGCCUACGCGGAGGAGGAGCUCAGCUCGAUGUUCCAGCACCUGCUGGCCAAGAGGUCGAGCUUCGAGCCGAUGCUCGUGAACGUGAGCCUGCUCCAGUACCUCGACACCGGGCGCUGGUUCCUCUCGGUCUACAACGACGAGUUACAGCCCUACAAGGUCACGCUGAUCGUCACCGAGGCCGAGGGUGUGUCCACUACCUGCCCCAACGACUGCUCGGGCAGGGGCUCCUGCUAUCUCGGCAAGUGCGACUGUAUCGACGGCUAUCAGGGUGCGGACUGCAGCAAGAGCGUCUGCCCGGUGUUGUGCUCGAGCCACGGACAAUACGGCGGCGGUAUGUGCCACUGCGAGGAGGGAUGGAAGGGCGCCGAGUGCGACAUUCCGCUCGGCGACUGCCAGGUCCCCGACUGCAAUCAGCACGGACAAUGCGUCAGAGGCUCCUGCGUCUGCAAGCCCGGCUGGAAGGGCGACUUUUGCUCCGAGCCGGACUGCGCGGAUCCCAACUGCGGUGGUCACGGGGCAUGUGUGGCCGGCAAGUGUUACUGCAAGGCCGGCUGGCAAGGCGAGCGAUGCGAUCAGGUCGACCAGCAGGUCUACAAGUGCUUGCCCGGCUGCUCGGACCACGGCACCUACGACCUCGAGACGGCUUCCUGCGUUUGCGAGGAGCACUGGACCGGCGUCGACUGCUCGCAGCCCAGCUGUGGACUCGACUGCGGGCUUCACGGAACCUGCGAGAAGGGACGCUGCAAGUGUCAGGACAACUGGACGGGAACCAAGUGCGACCAGAAGCCUUGCGAUCCGCGCUGCGCGGAGCACGGCCAGUGCCGCAACGGAACCUGCGUUUGCAGCCAGGGAUGGAACGGGAAGCACUGCACGCUGCCGGGCUGCGAGAAUAAAUGCAGCGGACACGGCUCGUGCACGCCCGUCGGCGGCGAAUCCAGCUGCGAAUGCGUGGCCGGCUGGGCUGGAAGGGACUGCAGCAUUCCUCUCGAAAUGGUGUGCGACGACGACAUUGACAACGAUGGCGACGGAACGAAGGAUUGCUCGGACAGCGAGUGCUGCUCGCAGGCGGUCUGCUCGGAGCACUUGAUGUGCAUCGCCAGCAAGGACCCGGUGGAGGUGCUCCUGAGAAAGCAGCCGCCGAGCGUCACGGCGACGUUCUAUCAGCGAGUUAAGUUCCUCAUUGAGGAGAACAGCGUGCAGAGCUACGCCCGCAUAGACGAGUACAGUGAAAGUACGUUCUGGAGUUCCUUUGAACCGCGUCGAGUUGCGGUGAUGCGAGGCCAGGUGGUGACCGAGCAGGGCCUCGGCAUAAUCGACGUCCGGGUGUCCAUCGACAAGGACCAGAAGUUCGGCUUCACCCUCACCAGGGCCGGAGGAUGGUUCGACAUCCUCGUGAACGGCGGAGGCGCGGUGACGCUGCAGUUUCAAAGGAGCCCCUUCAAGCCGAUGAGAAGGACAGUUUUUGUCCCCUGGAAUCAGAUCGUCGUUCUGCCGCCGGUCGUUCUAACGAUCGGCGAAGAGGGUGAAUCCUUCAAGUCGAUUAAUCAACCGCCCAGUCCGGCCAUCGGUUUUCCAGGCUUCUCGGCGAAUCUGUUCGACGAGCACGGGCCCUGCAUGGAGCACGACCACGAGACGCUGCGCCCGAUAAUCGUCGGCACAUGGAUGCCAGAAAAGGUUGGAGGCCUGCCAGGCAAGAGUCUCGUCUUCGCCGAGACUCAGAUCGUCCAGGAGAGCAUCGCCAUCCCGGGCUCGAACCUCCAUCUGAUGUACCGGAGCAGUCAGGCGGCGGGCUACCUGUCGACGGUGAAGAUGCAGCUGACCGGCCCCUUCAUACCCAAGAGCCUGACCCACGUGCACGUGCACGUCGAGAUCGAGGGCUCGCUGCACACGAAGACGUACGAGGCCGACCCGGAGCUCACGCACACCUUCGCCUGGAACAAGCGCAACGUCUACAAGCAGAAGGUCUACGGCGUAGCCCAGGCGCGCAUCUCCAUCGGCUACCAGUACUCCAGCUGCGCCAGCAUCAUCUGGGAGACCCAGACCGCCACCCUCCAGGGCUUCGACGUCGACAUCUCCGACGUCGGCGGCUGGGGCCUCGACAUCCACCACCACUACAACUUCCACGAGGGCAUCCUGCAGAAGGGCGACGGCUCGACCCUCCACUUCAAGCAGUACCCGCGCAAGGUGAACGUCGUCAUGGGCACGGGACAGCGCAGAGAUCUGUCCGGUCAGAACUUCGACGGCGGCGCCAAGGACGCGAGACUCCUGACCCCCGUCGCCCUCACCAGCGGACCCGACGGCAGUAUCUACGUCGGCGACUUUGAUCUCGUCCGACGCAUCACGCCCGAGGGCAAUGUUUACACUGUUCUCAUUCUCAGUGCGACCCAGGUCGCCUACCAGUACUACCUGUGCGUGUCGCCGGCCGACGGCCAUCUCUACAUCAGCGAUCCGGAGAAGCAUCAGAUUCUGAGGACGUUAACGCUGACUAACGUCAGAGAUCCCAGGAUAAACAUCGAGCCAGUCGUCGGCAACGGCGAGAGAUGCAUCCCUGGAGACGAGGGACACUGCGGGGACGAGGGACCAGCCGAUAAGGCCAAACUCGCGCAUCCUAAGGGCAUCGUCAUAGCGGCGGAUAAAACAAUGUUUAUAGCGGAUGGCACGAAUAUCCGGGCGGUCGAUCCGAACGGCAUAAUUCACACUCUCGUCGGUCAUCACGGCCACCACAACCACUGGUCGCCGGCUCCCUGCAUCGGCGCCAUACCCGCCCAGCAGGCGCAGCUACAGUGGCCCACGGGCUUGACCCUCUCGCCUCUCGACGGCGCGCUCCACUUCAUCGACGAUAGGCUCGUGCUCAAGCUCACGAGUGACCUGAAGGUGCGAGUCGUCGCCGGAACGCCGCUGCACUGCACCAGCAGCGCCAACAACGCCGAGCUUCAGAAGCUCGUCAACGCGACGAGCACCUCGUUGGCCAGCAAAAAGAUGGACGAGGUGCUGGGCUCGGUCCUGGCUGUCGCGUUCUCGCCCAACGGCGAGCUCUACAUCGCCGCCAGGGAUUCGCACAGGGUCAACACCAUCCGGGUGGUCGACUCGGCCGGUAAGAUGUCGCACUUCGCCGGGCAGCAGCGCGAGGACAUGCGCGAGCAGUGCGAGUGCAACAACACCACGCCGAGCUCGAGCGACGCCGAGAACAACUGCGCCUGCAUCGACGAGUCCAGCAGCACCGAGACUCUGCUCUCGUCCAACGCCAAGUUCACCUCCAUCUCCGCGCUCACGGUCUCGCCCGACGGUGUGCUCCACGUCGCCGAUCAGGGCAGUCUGCACAUACUCGCGCUGGAGCCCUACUUGCCCAACCACGACGACAGCGGCGAGUUCAACAUCCCCUUCCCGCCCUCCAACGAGGUCUACGUAUUCAACAGAUACGGACAGCACGUGGCGACGAAGGACCUGACGUCGGGCAAGACGCGCUACUCGUUCCUCUACAGCAAGAACACGAGCUUCGGCAAGCUGUCGACGGUGACGGAUAGCGCGGGAAAUAAAAUACAGUUCUUGCGGGACUACAGCAACGCGGUGAGCUCGAUCGAGAACACGCAGGAUCACAAGUCGGAGCUCAAGAUAUCGGGAGUUGGCUUCCUCGAGAAACUGUCGGAGAAGGGACGCGCGGAAAUUACGCUUGGAUAUGACAGCGACACGGGACUGCUGACGAGCCGAUCGGGGGGACUCGAGACUUACAUCUAUACCUACGACGACCUGGGUCGGGUAACAGACGUCAUUCUCCCGACCGGGGAAAAAGUCAAGCUGACAUCCGAUCUCUCCACCGACGAAGGUCUCACCGUGAGAGUAGCCGCCCCACUGCAGGCUCUAAAACGCGGAGAUAAGCAGCGAUUUAUGGAGUUCAAGAUGAGAAAUGAACGCUCGAAGAUGCUCACCAUUACCGACGGCUCAAUGGUAAAGAAAGCUACGGCAUUCACGAACAGCACACUAGAGGUGAAUCUGCCUGGUGGCGGGCGCAUCAUAAGCGCGGCAAUGACGAAGCAUCCGUUGCUGAAGGCUUCGCUGCCCGUCGAGGCGGAAAUGCUGCCGAUGUGGAGCUAUCAGGUGAUGUCGCUCGGCGAGCUGACGAACGUCAUGACGACCACGUACAAUCUCGUCGGCGACGUCAGUCAUCUGCAGCAAACGCUCAAUCGCGAGAUCUGGGUGAACGAGUCGCGCAUUGUCAGCGUCGAGUUCGAACAGGCCUUCAGUCGCGAGACCUUCUACGACAAGUUGCGCAACCCGCUGCUAACCGUCACCUUCGACCCCGCGGGACUACCUCUUCUCUGGCAGCCGCACGAGCACGGCCACAGUCUCAACAUCAGCUACGAUCGUUUUAAUCGCAUUCAGAACUGGACCUGGGGUCCGUCCGACGAAUCUUACGGAUACGACAGACAGGGACAACUGGCACAGAUCACCAACAGUCAGGAUGGAACCAAGACCUAUACCUAUAACGAUCAGAACAUGCUGUCGAACAUUACGCUGGCCAGCGAUAGGGAAUUCAGGCUGCUGUAUGACGACGACGGUGGUCUCAAGAGUAUCAUCCUGCCCUCCGGUACGCAGCACUCGUUCUCCUGCCAGGCCUCGCUCGGCUUCAUGCGAGUUACCUACACGCCACCGGGUAGCACCAGAUCCUACCUGCAGCAUUACAGCCACGAGGGCAACCUCUUGCAAACAGUCUUCCCGGGCGACGGCGCGAGAAUCGUCUACCGCUACCACACCUCGGGACAGUUGGCGGAGGUCGUGCACGGCGACGGUAAGAGCGAGAUGAGAUACACCGAGAUCGGACUGCCCUCCGAAGUCAUCCACUCGGAGCGCGAUGUCGAGUACAAGUGGGACUACCAGUACAGUGCGGGAUUGCUGGUCGAGGAGAGGAUUGACUUCGGUGCCAAGACCGGCCUGAGCAACGCCAAGUUUACCUUCGACUACGACUCCAACUUCCGGCUCAUCGCUGUACAGGGUAGGAUUGGUGGUCUGACUCUGCCCUCGCACGUUAUGGCCUACAGCUCGAAGACUGGAACACUUGAGCAGAUCGGCCAGUUCAAGGUGUCGCGGCCUUAUCCCAACGAGACCAAGGUUCACGACGGCACGGCCAUCUUUUCGCGAACGACUGACAUGCGUUUCCUCGAGACUCAGAUCACCGUGACUAUCCACAAUCUGGAGGUCUUCAGGAUGGAGUUCACUCACGACUCUAGGGGUAGAAUCAACCAGACGCGUACGUACACGAGGAAUGUCGGACUCAACGCUUACACCAACAUCAAGAACUACACCUGGGAUUACGAUGGCCAACUGACGGGCGUCGAGGCGCAGGAACCCUGGGGCUUCCGCUACGAUGUCAACGGUAACAUGUUGUCGUUGACUUAUCGAGGCAACACUAUUCCCAUGGAGUACAACUCGAUGGAUAGAAUUAUCAAGUUCGGCGAGGGUCUCUACAAGUACGAUAAUCGCGGACUGGUUAUUCAGAAUGCCCGGGAGGAAAGGUUCAACUACAAUGCCAAGGGGUUGCUCGUAAGAGCUACAAAGAGAGGCAGGUUCGACGUCAGGUACUACUACGAUCAUCUAGAUCGACUAGCCGCGAGAAAGGACAACUACGGCAACGUGACGCAGUUCUUCUAUAACAACCAGAAGAGGCCGUACGAGGUCAGCCAGAUCUACAGUCCCAGAGACGGAAAGUUGAUGUCCCUGGUCUACGACGACAGGGGACACUUGAUCUACGCCCAGGUCUAUCGACACAAAUACUACAUCGCCACGGAUCAGUGCGGAACACCCAUCAUGAUUUUCAAUCAAUACGGCGAAGGAAUAAGGGAGAUCAUGAGGUCACCCUAUGGUCACAUAGUCUACGACUCUAACCCGUACCUGUACUUGCCUGUCGACUUCUGCGGCGGUUUGCUCGAUCAGAUAACGUCAUUAGUUCACAUGCCAAAUGGCAAAGUUUAUGAUCCGCUAAUCGGACAAUGGAUGUCACCACUUUGGGAAAAUGUCCUCGACAGGCUGCAAACGCCCACGCAUCUGCACCUUUACCGCUUCAAUGGAAACGAUCCUAUUGAUGUUCGACGUUCCUCCAAGAAUAAUCUUCCUACGGACCAUACGAGCUGGCUGGCGAAUCUCGGCUACGAUUUGAAGAGCCUCGCGCCCCAGCUCUUCCCUAACAGCCUACCCAGUAGUCUGGUGCCGCCGUCCCUCGACCCCGGUACCUCGAUCUUCGGCAAGAAAAAGCGCGUGACGAACCUUGGAGUUCAGUCUGGCUUCCUCGCUUACAUCUACCAGCGUCAUUCCAGCGAUGCAGUCGGCCUGUCCGCGCCACCGCGUUCUGCUCUCAAGAAGGACAACUCGGAGCUUAUCCCUGACAGGUUAGGCGCCGCUUCGGACCCACCUUUCAGCAAGGGAAUCCUCGUGUCGCGCACCAAGAACGGCCAGGCCGUCGUCUCAUCCGUGCCCUCGGCCAACCCCAUUUACAAGGAUGUCUUCACGACAGUCUUCAACGAGUCGUACUUCCUACCGUUCACCUUCGUCGUGCAUAGCUCUCAGCAGGACGCGUUCUACUUUGUUAAGGAGGAGAAAUGGCGUGCUCAGGAGGACCAGGGCCAGCUCAAGCGACUCGGUGGCCAGUACAACACGACCUUCCACGAAAACUCGAACGGUAGCGGCAGCAGCUUCACUGACGUAAAGAUCCACGGGCUGAGCUACGUGAUCAACCUGCGCUAUGGGGCCACUGCCGAAAAGGAGCGCCAGCGGCUGCUACACCACGCGAAAGUUAGCGCGGUACGUAAGGCCUGGCAUCGAGAGCGUGAGGCUUUGAAAGCCAAUACGCCGACGAGCAUCGAGUGGACAGCGACCGAGCAGGAGGAGAUCAUCAAGAUGGGCAUGGCCUCGAACUACGAAGGCGAGUACGUGCACGACUCGCAGCUGUACCCGGAGCUCGCCGAGGACCCAUACAACGUGAGGUUCGUCAAGAAGCCCAGCGAGCCGAGCAGCGGCAAGAAGCGUCGCCGGAGGAGAGUGAACUCGGCCUGCAACAUCUGGUGGCUCGACAAGUUCUGUUAGGAGGCAUUGGAAUGAAACGACUGGAAAAAACGGACCUUAUCAAACAUAAAGAAAUUUUAUACCAAAGUCUAUUUGUUUAUUUUGAAAGAUGCCAAAUACUAACGGUUUAAUGGUACAUGUGGCUGUACAUAUUAUGCGCGCGUAUCGCGCGCUAUCGUAUAUUGAAUGUUAUAUACGGCCAAGUGCGUGGGAAGCACGGAAUGCGCGCGCACGCACACACGACGCAGGGAUUUGAUGAGUAAAUUACGAGAAAAGCUGAUAAUUUUCGAGAAAUUGUGCCGGAGAGAGAUAAGAGCACUGGGACUCGGACGACGCAUGGGAAAAGCGCCGCGGAUACCGGCCGAUUGAGAUUUAGAUAUUUAUUUCAAUACUCGCCAUUAGUAACUAUACUUAUUAAAAGGAAAACAAAACUAUCGCUUCGAACUCUAAAGGAUGAGAGCGCGACUGCCUGAGUGCAAGAGACUGCCGAGAGAUUAGCGGAGCUAUGGAUCUCAGCUCUCGUGGGACCGACCAGUUGUCGCGGUGCCGGAGAAAGAUAAUACACACACGAGGUAUGCGCGAGUGGCAUAUACUGUGGAGAAUGAACCUAGUCAAUACAUAGCUUUAAUUGGAGAAGCUCGCGCAAAUGUGGGUGUAUGGUGGAUUCGAACGACUGCAUGCGCAUUCGAUGCGAAAAGAAUUCCUCUGUCGAGAAGGUUGAUUUCGUUUGAAAAACGAUAGCUGCCCACGCACACACAGAGCGAGAGUUUUUCGCAUCGUAUUAUGCGCGACACACGGAUCAUCUUGAAACAAGAUUCUGCUGCUGCGCUAUCCAUCAUUGAUUCGUGGAUGUCGCGCGUGGUAUUCUAUCUUUCUCUGAAAGCUGUGACAGACAUUUUGGGGCUGCUGGACCGUGUGUGAGCGAUUUUUUCGUGGUGCUUUUACGUGGUGCAAUGGGAGGGGAGAGGCACGAGAGGUAUUUUUUAAUGGAGAGUGAAAGAGCGAGAGAGAGAGAGAGAGAGAGAGAGAGAGAGAGAGAGAGAGAGAGAGAGAGAGAGAUAGAGAGAAUAUAAAAUUGUAAAACAGCGAGUGUGUUAUGUACCCUAGCACUGUCAUAGCGUCCACGUUCGAGUAUUUUGCCGUGAGAAAAUAAAAAUAAAAAAAAACUUCAACUAUGCAUGAUAUUGAAAAAGAAGAGCGAAUGUGAGCGAGCGAGACUGCGACGGAUAGAGUGACUGAUUCAUCAUUAUAUAUAUAAAUAUAUAUAUAUAUAUAUAUAUAGUUAAAGAAAAACUCGUUAAUUGUCUAUAUAAGAAUGACGUAUAAUACACGUAACGUAACUGUGCUUACUAUGGGUAUAUUGAGUAUAUAUCCGAGGAAGUCGGAGUAUUUUAUUAUGAUAAUUGGCUGUCAAAACGGGACGACGCAUGCAGUUUUCGAAGCUGGACACAUUGUAAGUUCGUUCAUCCGGCGAUUAUCCGAUUAUUAUACAUAUAUUAUAUAUGAUGCGAAUUAUGUAUGUUAUUAUAUUUGGCUUUUUUCGGUCAUAGGGAGCGAAGUUACACGAGACACGUACACAUACACGAAAAACGAACGAAAGUCGAAUUAAAUGUAUAUGUAAUUAUAGAGAUAUCUAGGAAAAGUGUAUAUUUUUUAUUAGUUAUCGUAUAGCAAUUAAUAUUUUUUAUGAAAAAAGUGGAGCGAUUUAUCUGAGCGUUUUUGAUGUUUAUGCGAUACGCUUUUAUUUAUAACGUCCUUUUUACAAAUAAAAUCACAUUUUUUUAACGACUGAAUCGUCCAUGAUAAGACGUCAUAUCUCAUGUCAAUUACGAUUCAGCUUCUCAAUUUUUUAUAAGAUAUAAAUCUUUUAGUUCUUCCACGUGCCAUAUAUGUAUGAAAACAAUGUCAUUUCUUUGUAAAAAAAAUAAUAUCAGGUGUACAUUUAUUUCAAUUUAUUGUCAAAGUACAAAACAUUAAAAAAAUUCAAUUUACGUAUUUUUUAUUACCGACAACUCACUUAAGAACAAUAAAACAGAUACAGAUAUAAAUUAACGUAAAUGAAACUUAUGAGUUUCAACUUCGCAUCUGCGUCCGCCUCUCGAAUAUUCGUUCGCUGUGCAAACCCAAGUACCGAAAUAUUAAGAAACCUUUUUGCAAAUUAUUAGUUUUAUUAAAUGCAAGUGCGUUUGCUGCUGAAGAAUUAGCGAGAGUGAGAACAUUGAGUUAAAAAGUAUAGAAGCGUAACAAACGGUGUGUGUGCAUGAAAUAAAUAAGAAGUAAGCGCGAGAAAAAGAGAUUAAUUAUUAUUAAAAAUAAAAAAAUAGUGGCGUCCUUACGGCUAGAUAGUGAACAACGAUAUUACUGUCUGGUUUAGAUAAAAAUUGCUACUAGAUGUAUAAAAAAAAAAAUGAAUCGUUAAGACUAGACGCGUGAGCGAGCUUUGAAAUAAACAAAUAUCUUUUGAAGAAAAGAGGAUUAAAAAAUUAAAAAUAACGAUUAACGAUAAAGGUAAAGAAAAAGGAAAAAAAAACUUCGAGAGUGUUGAGACUGACACUAAUUCCAUUCUGUAGCUCAACGGCUGGCUUCUUCCGAUUGAGCGACAGUUUUGAGUCGUGAUCAUCUAAACACGCACCGUCACACCUUAUUACGUAUAUAUAAUAUUAAAAAGUAAAGAACGAAAAAAAAAACAUUAUUGUAACUUUAUAAAUAAAACGAGAGAUCAGCGCAGGGGGGUAAAGAGAGAAAACUUUAAGAAAGAAAACAAAAUGUACACACGACAUACUGUCGCGUACUCGCGCGACACUUGAUUGAAUCGACUAUUUUUUAAUAAAAAUAAUAUGAAAAAGAAAGAAAAGAAUCAGAUUAUAAAAAUAGAAUUUAACGCGCGUGAAAAGGGAAAAUCUAUGAAAUAAAAGUGAAACGAAGUAAAACAAAUAACGAAGAUAUACAAGGAAAAUUCGGUUGCUUUUUUGACUUCCACGAUGAACAAAUUGUCGCUCUCUUUCCUUUUGUUACAAGGAAGACAGAUGGUCAUAGCAUUGUUUCGCAUAGCUGGGGUCGGAUUCGAUUUUUUAUGGAAAAACUCGUACCGCUUCUUUCUGCAAUUUCUAUAAAUAAGUAAAAUUUUGUAACUCUCGAUUUUCAUAACACGCAUCUCUACUGUAGUUAUAUAAAGCAAAAAAAAUAAACAACAUCAAUUCCUUUCUAGCGUACUCUUUAAAAGUAAUUAUUUUUAUAAAUUUCUAAUAAGCUUCGCAUCAAUAGAUUAAAGUAUCGAAGUACGGCGAGUUUACUUUUAAACAGCAGCAUAUUUGUGUAACAUAUAUUCGAGUUAUUCAACUAUAAGUAAGGUAUAAAGCGUUGCCAACUGAUUGUAAAUCGGUGGCCAACAUAGCGUCGCGACCAUGAAGUGAGAUAACGUUUUCAACUAAAGGCACUUGUAAAAUGUCUCGCGUAUAUAAGAAGAGAGAGAAAAAAAUAUGUAAAUCUUCAAAAGUGAACUCUACCACUCACGGAACCGUCUGUUUCUACUGAGAUAGUUUUCAAUAGAUCGAGUCAUCUCAUUAUAUACUAUUAUUCCACGGAAGAGCGAAUCCGUUCCCCGAUUUCAUCGCAAACGUAGAAUUUAAAGUCAAAGUAUAUAAAGGCGCGAACGCUCUAAGAAUCUCCUACUAGUAGAAAUCAAGAAUUUAAGGGAUAAAAUCUCGUACUCGUUAAAGUAAAAAAAAUCGCAGAUGACACACGCUCGACAUGUACACAUCACUAUCGCACACCGAAUAAUAAAUUAAAUAGGCGCGGCACUUUGUCGUGAGCUCGUCGUAAAUAAAAAUAAUAAUAAUAAUAACUCACCUACACACAUAAUAACUCUUCCUCGUGGUGCUUUAUCGUAUAACAAAAGAAACGCGAUGGCAAAGUGUCGCGCGCUUUCGGCAAGAACUUUUUUUACGCCAGCUUUUUACUACCGCGAAAUGAAAAUAAAAAAAAAAAACGUAACGUAAACUAAAGUAAAAGCCACAAGUAAGCAGGAAAAAUCUUUAAUAUCAAGGUAUAAGAGAGUGUGCUUGGACGCAGCUAGAUACACAUCAAGUGCACUCGAUUGAGACGCAAAUCAAAGUGUAAUUAAGUAUUUAUAAUCUAAUAGCCGGAAAAAGGAGGUAAAAACGAGAGUGAGUAGGACGCGUCGGAGGAGGAAACUAUAUCGAAGGCAUAUUAUACAGGAGCUGAUGAUAAAUAACGGAGGAAAAAAAAUGUAAAACACAGGGAGGGUAUGACGGGUGAGCGAGAAAAAAAGGAACGAGUGAGCCUAAGGCAGAGAAAGCACAAGGUUCCGGGAUAGAAAGCGAAAAAAGAGAAGUGGAAAAAGAGCCGGAGUGCGCGGAAAAUAGAGAAAGAAAGAUGAGAAAGAGAGUUUCUCAGCAGCCACAACCCGCUAUCGUUAAUAUAGCCACGACCACUACCUUGGUAGAACAUACGCUAUUUUACGCCGCUGAUCUAAUUGUUUACUGUGUCACGUGUUGCUGUAAUGAAACCUAAAAUAAAUAUGAAAAAAAAAACACUAACGAUACGACAUACGACAUGACAUAUACAUAUACAUAUAUUUUAUUUAUAUAUAAUGAUAUCUAAUUGACUGUAUUUAUUGUAAAUAGUCACCGAUGUUUGCUAUGACGUACUGAAUAUAUCUGUACUUGAAUGGAAAAAAAACUUGCCUGACACAAAAUGAUUAACAAAAAAAAAAAGUAAUCAUGAAGUAAACAAAUUCAUUUAUCAAGGAUGCUGCGCCCCGUGGAUUAUCCCCCAUAUUCCUUCACCCCUUACACGAACGAAUUAUAGGAAAAAAGGCAAAGAAUCUUAUAAUAUAUGGGAAAAAAUGGAAAUUAAAAAUAAACUAAAGAUAAUUACGAUGUGUGACCACGUAAGAAAUAUUUGAGAUUAGUGCUGAGCGAAUGAGAGAGUGAGUUCCGCAGACCAAUAUUGUCGCUCUGUGUUGGUAAUUUUGAGGAAAAAGGGAAAACUGAAUGCAAUGUGUUUGUUAUAUGUCGUAAAGCUAUACUCGAUGACGACUCGUUGAAUGGAAUCGCAUUAUGAUUUUCGUUUCUACCAGGACCUUUGUAAUAUCGCCGCUUCUUGUUGUUACCGCGAUCAUCCUUAAACACACUCGAAAUUCUUUUCGGCUGUCUUUUUGCGAAAACUUUGAGUAAAUUUUGCUAUACAUACACUUAUAACUCUGUGCUGUUCGAAAUUGAAAUUUACUGAAAGUUUAUUAUGUUAUUGUUUAUUUGUAGAUCGGAGAUUGACGUAUCUAGGUGAUAUACGAUUAAUCGAUAAGCGUUUUAGUCUAUAGUAGAGGAGAAAAGAAUUUAGAGCUAUAAAGUACAUAAUUAUUUUGUGUCAUCGAAAACGAAAAGCUGACUGUGUUAAAGCGUUAAUUAUUAUUUGCUGUAAAAGUGGUGGACGAGGAUUACUUAUUCGCGAGAGGAAAGAUAAAUCGUCGUCGCUAUUUUUCGUAUGUCGUGUUUUUGCUAUUUUUAUAAAACGAACAAAAAAAAAAAGAAAGGGAAAACCGAAACCAAGAGACUCGGUAUGAUUCUUCUUAUGGACUUAUUGGUUUCGCUGAUUUCACGCACAUACCUAUCACACACACGAUAUUAUAACUCUGCAUACGCUUAUAAUUAAAAAUUAUUCCAUUUAUAAUACAGUAAGAGUAUGAUUAUUCUGUUGAUUGACGCUCGCGCGAGUUGUGUACCAACGGGAUAUAUAGUUGCUUAUGAUAGUCACCGAUUAAAUUUUUUAACAGAGCCCAUCAACCGCGAAAUAAUUGACAAAGUCGAUCGCUAUAAAUUUCGCAAAAAUUUUCAGUGCGAGCGCGAGAUCGAGCAAGCGAGGGAAAAUCGGGUGUGCAUCGGAGAAAUAAACCUGAGACAGUAUAUAGCGCAGUGCGAAGAUUUUGUGAUUGCGAGCUCGUCAAGCUAAUACAGAUGUCAAUAUUACACUCGUAGAAAAAAAAACGCGAAGAGAGCGAGUGACGAAGGGAAGUACGAAGAAUUACACUUGAUUGCUGCGGCGUGGAGACGAGUACGAUGCUUUCGGUAUAAUGCUAAUUAGAUGGGCGAUCAAUGAAUCGAUCGGCGAUUCGUGCGCGCGACAGAGAGAUUACUAUACACUACUUGCGAUGAGAUUAAAAAAUAACGCACGACCGGCUAAUUGAUCGCACAUUUUCAUUUCUAAAUCGCGACUACACAGAUACACUUGUACGCAACGCGUUUAUUAUUAUAAGUGAGAAAAAGAGAGAGAGAGAGAGAGAGAAAGAAAAAAAAAUAUGUAAAGGAACGAAUUUUCAAUUGCCUCUUUCGAUUGUAUCUCGCGCGGAUUAUAAAAGGCGGUUUAAAUAGAGAGAAAAAAAUAUGUAGUCACGAUUUGGAGGAAAAUAUUUAGGAAGACUUUUGAAUUAUGGACUUUCGAAUUUUUCAUAUUUGAGAAGUUUAAAUUAAAGAAAAAAAAACUAAUAAAACAAAUGAAACACUGGGAAGCUCCACGUACAGAGUCACGACUCUUGACCCAACCAGCAUGUCCAACAAUUUACGAUAUAAUUAUAAGUACAUUAUAUUAAGUGUUUUCAAAAAAAAUAUAUGAUCUAUAUAUGAUAAUAAAAACGGAAAAACGUUAA